AUAAGUGAGAAAGCGAGGGCGAGUUCGAUGCAUAAUAAGAAUCCUGCUCGUGUAGGACCACUUGGUUAUAGGGGCAAGAAAGCUGAGUGGGAACAAGAGAUGGCAUCUGGUCAAUUGACACCUCAAUUGUAUCAGAUAAAAAGCGAGCGUUCACUGCAUUAUGUUUUGGGUAGAAGAUCUAAAAAUGAGUUGGGGUUGAACAUAAUACCGCCUACCAUACAACCCAUAGUGGACAAGCUUGUCGAUGUCCAGACUCAAAUCUCUGAAGGAGAUUUGGAGCUCAGUCCAGGAGAGGACUUGUUGACAAAGGUAAUAGGACCGGAGCACCCGGGCCGUACCAGGGCUGUUGGUCAUGAUGUUGGAUUGAGAAAAGGGAUGCAAGGGACUGAUAAAAAAAAAGAGGAAAAAACAUGAAAACGAAACUAUUGUUAAACUGCAGACAACGAUAGAUCUGAUGGGCUCCCAAUUGGCAAAGCUACAAGCACACUUUGACUUACAACAGGGGUCUAGGAACCAUGCCCCAGAUGAUGUAAGCUUAGGGGUUCAACAAAAUAAUUGUGGCUCGACUCCAACAUUAGAUGCUUUGGA